UCCGCAACUCGCAACUUUCUCUCCCUUUUUCCUUUUUCUUCAAUUUAUUGAUCUGGGUUCAAUUCCACGUCUUCUUUUCAGGAUUCAUUAACAAAAAACCAUAAAGGUUUUUUUAUUUUUUAUUUUUUGGGGUUCUGCUUGAAGGUCAAGCAGACAAAAGUUGUCUUCAACUUUCUGUGUUAAGAGAAACAAAUGGUAUAGCUCCAUAUCCUUCCUUGAAGGGGGAAAAUGACAGCUUCUCAUGGAUUUUGCAAGGGGGGUGAUAAUCAUGAUAUGCAAGCUCUAACUCAUGAUGACAGAUCAAUUUGAUUGUCACAUAUUCUACUUUUUCUUCUUAAAAUAAGAUUGCAUAAAAAAGUCUGAAUAUUCUAGUCAUACCUCUAUGAAUUUGCAUAAUGAUGUCGGGGUUCAUACAAGAAGCUCUAACUUGGCAAACAGGCAAAACUUAGAUAUGAGUUCUAUUCCAAAUAAUUUGAAUGGACAUAAUGAUUUCAACAACUCCGAGGACCAGGAGACCAUGGAACUAAUUUCACGUGCCAAUGAACAACAGAAAGAAAUUCUUUUUCUCCGUGAACAAAUUGCUCUUGCCAGUGUUAGGGAAUCUCAGCUUUUAAACGAUAAAUAUACACUUGAGAAGAAAUUUUCUGAACUACGAAUGGCCUUAGAUGAGAAACAAAGUGAGGCUAUAGCUUCUGCGUCAAAUGAACUGGCCCGCAGAAAAGGUGAUCUUGAAGAAAAUCUGAGAUUGGUAAAUGAGCUAAAGGAAGUAGAGGAUGAAAGAUAUAUUUUCAUGUCAUCUAUGCUUGGAUUACUGGCAGAAUAUGGCAUUUUUCCUCGUGUUGCUAAUGCCUCUACUCUGACCCUCAACGUAAAGCAUUUACAUAAUCAACUGGAGAUGAAGAUCAGAACUACUCAUGCCAAGAUUGCAACUUUGAACUCUAUGGCAGCAAAUGGAUCACUCAAUGUGGAUUCUCUUGGUUCUACCCCCAGGAAUAAUCAAUUUCCAGGCAGCUCUAUGGAUAUACAUGGAUAUCCUCAUUACAGUAAACAGUAUAUUGAUGGACAACAUUCAGAUGUGCAAGGAAAUAUAAAUGAACAAAUGAGAGGCUUAUUGCUGAAUCCCAACUCGUCUCCGUUACCGGAUAAUGGAACCCAGCUGAAUCUCUCAUCUAAUGUGGAUAGGGAUAUUCCGAACCACUCUACCAACUUGUUUAAUGGAAAUGUGUUAGGUGGGAGUUAUGGGGAGAUGCCCAAUGAACCACCCUAUCCAUUUCCUGGGGCCAAUGAGAAAUCUGAUUCUAUGAGUACAGAAGGAAGGGGCCCUGGUAUAGAAGGCUUUCAAAUCAUUGGAGAUGCAAAGCCAGGUGGUAGACUCCUAGGCUGUGGAUAUCCUGUUCAAGGAACUUCUCUUUGUAUGUUCCAGUGGGUCCGGCAUAAUCCCGACGGUACUAGGCAUUACAUUGAAGGGGCCACAAAUCCUGAAUAUGUUGUGACAGCUGAUGAUGUUGAUAAACUCAUAGCUGUUGAGUGCAUCCCCAUGGAUGACCAAGGACGUCAGGGAGAGCUUGUGAGACUUUUUGCUAAUGGUCAACACAAAAUAACUUGCGAUGCAGAUAUGCAAUUGGAGAUUGAUACCCAUAUUUCUAAUGGUCAAGCAAUGUUUACUGUUUUAAUGCUGGUUGAUUCUUCUGAGAAUUGGGAACCAGCAACUCUCUUUUUGAGACAAUCAAGCUUCCAGGUCAAGGUUCAUAGAUCGCAAGCUGUUGUACUUGCAGAGAAGUUUUCAAAAGAUUUGUCAGUGAAAAUCCCCAGUGGACUCUCAUCUCAGUUUGUUAUAUCAUGUCCUGAUGGGUCUUCACACCCAUUUAGCACAACAAACAAUGAUGUUAGAAUGCGUGACGCACUUGUAUUGACAAUGAGAAUCUUCCAAAGCAAGGCAUCGGACGAAAAGAGGAAGGCAAAAGCGUAAUCCUGUUGUUCUCCAUAUAGUUUACAUUAUUUACAGUCAUUUUUCAUUCUUUUUAGGAAUCAGGACAAUAGUUAUACGCAGUUUUGGUCAAUAAGUUAGUUUCUACUUGUUUGUUGUAGUUAUUGAUGUACCCAAUUUUGGACCUGUACCAUAUAAUUGUAUUUGUCCCUAAUUUUCUCAUUUUUUUUAAAAAAUUUAUUGUAGCCUUAAAGAGCACUCAAAUUAAUAUGUAAUAUCAUAGUCGGUUGUGAGAAAUCAUCACUAAUGGAAGAAAUAUUGCUCCUUUAGUUUGAA